UUGUAUCUUAUAAUUUAUAUAACUUUAUGCUAUAACAAAAAUACUUUUGAAAUAUUGAAAAUUCUUUGUUUUUUAAAACUGAAAAAUGAUUUCAUAAUAUAGUGAUGAUGUAAUGUAUAUUGUGACUGAAUUUGAUGAAGAAGCUCAAGUUAUAAAAUCAUUAAAAAUGAACAUGGAUGAAUGGAAUUUGAGAAAACAUCCAAAAAUUGUAAAUACAAAAUGGUUUGCAGAAUGCGUAAAACAAAGAAAAGUAAUAGAAGUACAACCUCAUCAUUGUUUAAAAAUAUUAAAGACAAAAAAUGAAAAUAAUGAAUCUACUGAUUAUCAAAGAGUUCCGAGAUAUGCUUGUCAAAGAAUGAAUCCACUUCAUCAUCAUAAUCGCAGACUAACAGAAUCUUUGGAAAUUUUAGCUGAAAGUGCAGAACUAGAAACUGAUUCGAUAAAUAUGGGAAGAGCUUUAGCAUUCAGAAAAGCUGCAUCAGUUUUGAAAAGUUUGCCAACUGAAAUAACCAGGAUUGAACAAGUGGAAAACAUGAAAGAUAUUGGAAGACAUAGUUUAAAUGUUAUUAGAGAAAUUUUAGAUAAUGGUAAAUGCACUGAAGUAGAUGAAUUAUGUAAAUCGGAACGGUUUCGUACACUAAAGUUUUUUAAUAGUAUUUAUGGAAUAGGUCCAGCCACGGCAAACCAGUGGUUCGCUUCGGGUUUAAGAACAAUCGAAGAUGUAAGGAAAACUUUAAGUUUGAAAUCAACCAACAAAAGACUUAAUUAUGGGUUGGCAUUUCAUGAAGAUCUGUCUGAACCAGUUUUAAAAUCUAAAGCUCUUGAAAUAUUAAAAAUGGUUGAGAAUGAAGCAAAAGGGGUUGAAGAAAAUGCAUCUGUAUGUCUAAUUGGUGGAUUUCGCAGAGGUAAAACUGAAGGCCAUGAUGUUGAUAUUUUAAUCUCUCAUCUAACUGAAGGAAAAGAAAUCGGUUUACUUUCAACUAUACUGAAAAGGUUGAAAGAGAGAAAUCUUGUUUUGUACGGAGGAAUCGAAAGGUUUAACACGCAAGAUCCGAUGCAGUUUGUAUCCAACACUUCUAUAGAUAAUUUUGAAAAAUGUUUUCUGAUAUUUAAGGAUUUUGGUGAAGAAUGUCAUGAUACAGUUUCAGAAAUUGCAGAUGGAAGCAAUUUAGAAUUUCUACUGAAAAUGGCAUCACAGCCAAGAAGUUGGACGGCGAGAAGAGUCGAUCUGGUGAUUGCGCCCCACUCCCAAUUUUAUUUUGCAUUAGUCGGUUGGACAGGCAAUAAACAUUUUGAAAGAAGCCUGAAGAACUAUGCCAGAAAGGAAAAGAACAUGAAGCUUACCAGUAAUGGAUUGUAUGAUUUUACCAAAGACAGGUUGUUGCCUGCGUCAUCAGAAGAGGAAAUAUUUAGGCACUUGGAGCUGCCUUACUAUGAACCUUAUUAUAGAAAUGCAUGAAGUAAUGUACAGUACUCCGUUUUAAUUUGGGCACUUAUUUUUAUAAUGAAAUUUUUGUACGUAAACAAAUUCUUAAAUACCAUUGUUGAUUAUAUUGGUUAAAAUUUAUUUUUUUACAAUUAAAAAUCAGUUUUGAUAUAAUCCAAUGAAUUACUGUGAUGUAAGGUUAACUAAAUACAUGUAAGAGUACAGAACUGUCAUAAUUUCUAAUGUAAAGCUUCUGUAUAUCCGAACGUGCAGAUGAAAAACCAGCAGAUCUGUCCUGUGUGUUUGUGUUCUCAAGCCUUGUAAACUCAACAUACAUAUCUUACAGAGAGACUAACAUGCAGAAUUUAUAUAAAUUAUCGUUUGAAUUAUUUUCCAAAAACUGUAAUGUAUAGCCUAACAAAUUACGCUCAUAUUUACAAACCUAGUGAAUCUCUCACAAAAUUUGUAGGCUAGCAUAUGCUCUGAACACAUUUGCAUGGUGCACCAAUGAAACAUUACUUUAAAACUUUUAUUGAUAAAUACAGUAGAGUCCCAUAAAGCAAGCAAGCAACACCCUUGAAUUUUGUCUAUCAGAGGUAUACGUUUUUUUCAACUUGCAGGCCAAGGUUUAAACUCUCAUAAAUCAUGUGAUAAUGCAGGUUUCAAUAACGAGAUUUCCUAUAAUGCAUAAUGAAUUCCCCGCGUUGUAUGAGACUACUGUAUUAAGAUUUUUGUUGAAUAAAUACAGCAAUUCAAGGAGUGUUAUAUAUCAAGCUAUAAUUUUGUUUAUAAUAAUUAUAAAUUAGAUUAAACUGGAAGAAAAUAAUAAUUAAAAUUAUUUAAUUUAAUACAAGAUAGUGCCUCUCUCUAGGGUCAAAUUUAUUAGUAAUUUGUAAUUUAUAAUUAUUAUAUCCCAAUGAUAUAUAGCAGUUGAAGGAGUGUUAUUGGGAUGUUUAUAGAUAAAUACUAAGUUGGCAACCUUUAAUUGCUUAUAUAUUGUAUGCAUUUGUUUUAUAAAAUAGAAACCAAAAGAAAAUUAAAGACAAGAAUUAAAGAACAUAUAUAUACCAUUAAAAAUAAUUUAAUAUCAUUAUCAGUGGCACAACAUUAUAAUUUCAAACCCCCUUCAUUAUUACAAAGAUGUUCUUGUGAUUUUUUUGUCAGUAUAAAUUUAACACUAUGUAGAAAUUUUGAAGGUGCAUGAUAUUGAUAAAAUGAAUAAUGUGGAACUGAGACUACAUGAGGGGUGGAACGACAUCAUAUUACAGAACUUCAGAACAAGGCAAAACAAGAUGUUGGAGUGAAAGUCCCGUCGUAUUAAUAGUAAAGGAAUUUGUAUAAGGGCCUUGAAUAAGUUCUCACUGUUCUUU